AUGCCGCUACUGAUUACAGCAUGCAGGAGAGAAAUUCCAAACAUGGACGUUCUGAGAAUCCUUGUAGAGCAUUUCGGUGUUGGCGUAAAUGAAGGGCUAUCAGAAAACUCUUGGCAGGCAUCUUAUUGUAGAGAGGAGAUAGCUUCACCUUUACAUGCACUUGCUAUGGGAGGCCAUUGGUGGCAGGUAUCACUGGCCAUGCCAUAUCUCAUUGCCCAUGGAGCCGAUGUGAAUAUGAAGAUUGGUGGCAAAACAGCAUUGGAGGAUGUGCUACGCACUGUGUCUGCUAGACCUCUGACUGUCAGCGAAAGGGCCGUUCAAGUCCUUCUUGAAGCUGGGGCAGAUACAACGCCGUCUCAUAGGGAUGGUCGAUCUUUUGUUUCUAGCGCCGUUCAGCACAUUGGAAUCCUAAAGCUGCUGCUGAAACACAAUGCUAGAGUCACCUCACAAGAUCUCAUUACAGCAAUUAAGUAUCAAACUGUUGAGGGACUCGAAGCUUUACUGGAAGCUGGAGCGGAUCCUAAUAGCGGCGACAUUUUGACUGACGGGCCCGGGAAUGAUCCAUCUCAUUGCGCGCAAAUCGACCAGCUUCCACUGUAUCAUGCUAUGGUAUGUGGUGCGAGCGCGCCAUGCAAAAUUUCCAUGAUGGAGCUCCUGUUGGCCUACGGUGCGGAUCCUCUUGCGAAGUAUAAAAUGGGUACCAUUUUACACAAAUGUUUUGAGAAGAAAGCUGGCUGUCCUCUUCGUUGGCUUCUGGAACAAAAGAUACCUGGGCUUGACCCGAAUAUAACGGAUGCAGAUGGUGUCACACUUUUCCAUUUAGCAUGCCAGUAUGAGUUGGAAAAGGAGAAGUUAGAAGACGGACAAGGAGAAGUUACGUAUCGUCGUACAAAUGACAAACCAACACCAGCAGAGCAUCUUUUGCAGCUGGGAGCGGAUAUACAUGCCACAGAUAUCCAUGGCUCCAACUGUCUACAUCGUCUUGUAGACGCCCAAUACGAGCACUGCGACUUGUCAAUGAUUAAACACAUAACUAGAGCGGCCCCCAAACUCGUCAAUCAAAGUAACGACCAGGGCAAAACACCUUUGCACUUUGCUGUUAUUCGCCUUGAGUUCUCUGGCCUAGAGGUUAUCAACGAGUUACUAGCAGCGGGAGCGGACGUUGCAGUCAAAGACGCUAAAGGAAACACGAUGCUUCACUAUCUGUUACGGAAAGAUUUCCGUAUUAAUAAAGCUACCGGAGAGGUCGACUCAGCACGACGAGUGCUUUUCGACCGACUUAUGGCUAUGCCAGAAGUAGACAUUAAUGCCACCAACGACGAAGGUGAGACGGCCAUCUCUCUGUAUAUGCGUCGCGGAGUUGGGAGAUGUAUCGAAGCAAAACAUGAAGAUGAGACAGAAGAAAACAAGAAAACGUGGGAGGCGGCUGUAUUGGAUCUGUUUGACGCCAACGGCGCGCAGUGGGAUGUGCGCAAUGUCAACGGCCAAACAUUAAUACACGCAGCCCUAGACGGUUGGGGAUGGAGAACCCACGAUAGAUGGCCUAUACGGGUAAAGUACUUGAUUGGAAAGGGCGUAGAUGCUUUCGCAAAAGACAAGGAUGGCGUAACGGCAAGCAGCAGGCUGCGUUCUCUCCGCCAGGGGAGGGAUUCACAGUUUUACACGCGUGAACAAGAUGUGCUGCCACUAGAAGAUAUUGAUGGGCUUUAGCACUGAAUAACAAAAGAAGAUAGAAGAAGACGCCGCGCCUGCUGAAUAAUUCAGCUGUAUGACGGUUCAACAAUAACGAGUCGCAAGACGAUUCUCACUAGCAAUUCGCCG